CCAUAAUUUUUAUUUUGUGGAUCAAGAGGGUUUGUGGCCCAUCUGAUAUCUCAACACUGAACCCUAAUUCUCGACAUUUGCUUUCCGAGUUCCGGCCUCCGUCACGGUCGAUUUUCCAGCCUCCGUCGCAGCUCGUUAUACAACUGACUAGGUAAAAUAACAUAGAUGGGUGGUGCAUUUUGGGGGACACGGGUGAUGGAGAUAGUGAAAAAGCAUGAUUCUGGAGGGCUCGUUUGGAAGAGAAUCAAGCUUACCACCACUCGUAAAGCCAAUGCCAAGAAACGUCUUCUCCGUGUUUGGCAGAAUGAAGCUGUCCUCAAGGCAUGUUCUGAACCAUCUCCUUCAGCAAGUUCUUCCGGCAGUGCCAGCAAAGCUAGUAGUUAAGUUGAAGUGUGCCCACUGGAAGGUUGUUCAAUCGGCAUUUUGGGUUUGGAAUUCUAUAUUAGUUUUUGCUGAAACAGUUAAAACACUGUAGCGCAGGAUGCUUCAAUUAGCCCCUGGUUUUACUUUCUUACCUAAACUACAUUGUAAGUUGUAAUCUUUUUAGGGUGCAUAAGCUGCAAAUCCAUUACAGCAUAUUAGAACUUGAGCUGCAUGAUGUUUCCUGUGUAAGGAUUACUAUCGAUCAUGUUUUUUUGCCUCUUGCCUAUUUUGUGAAGCCAGGUAGUAGUUCUAAAUUGUGGUUGCAUAUAUUACUACCACAAUUGCUUGCAUUGUGAUUGUUGCAAUGCAUAUUACAGUUAUUUUGGCAUAAA